AAGAUUUAUAUAUAUUAAAUGCUUCGUUGAGAGGCAGUCUUGAGACCCAACACUGUAGCUGAAGAACUAAUACGUUUUGUUUAAGAAGUGUUAAACAUAUUCACACACAUAUAACACUGAGGGAGGUAUGUACUCUGACGAAGAGUUAGAAGUAGCAUUAGUCUGCUGUGACGUGACAAAAUAUGACCUGAUGAAGAAUUGAAAUUGACAUGAAAUGCCUUGUUCAACAUAUAUAACAAACAUUCGAUGCUUCACGAGACAGCAGAACUAACUGUAAAUGCGUGCUAAGAAGUGGAAUUGACAUUUUUACAAAUAAGUUACGAUUGUAGAGCAACAAAGAGCAGGGCUACAAUUUCAGUACCAAAUAAUUAAUCGUGACUCAUUUUCAAUCUGCUGUGCUCUUUUGUUUUACAACGAACAAAUUCAUUUAGAAAACUUUCUGAAGAACACAAAUAAUAAUAUGUAAUAAUGCAACUCUCCGUGAAACUGAAGAUUUCAAAAGCUGUGAUUUAGCAGUUUAAAAACGAGAUUUUGUCUGCCUUGUGACGGGAACGUUUUUCAACGUCAUGGUGUUUUACGUCACUCGUCACUCAAGGGCUCCGGUAGAGGUCCUUGUAGUCUCCUUACGAGAAGUAUCUGCAUUAGUUCUGUAGCGUGGGAGUGCGUUUAUUGUGACGGCUGUGAUCAUUUGUAGUAGACCGUUAUUUGGGGUCCGCAAAUAUUCUUUAAGAGACCUCCUAGUUCUUUCCAGCGGGAUUUAGGGCUAUUGUACAGAAUAGAGUCCACCGGCGUUCUCCCGUCUCUGGGCACCACUGUGUGCUGCAGUAUGUUCCGUGCUUCUGCUGUGACGCCCCCGGCGAAGCCUGCGCCACCGCCGAGAAACUUUCGCGGCUUGGAAGAAAACAUUCAUGACAAGUCCUCUGUCAACAAACAUCUUUAUCCUGGGCCGGAGGUGCUCACCCAAACUCCCUCUCGCCAGCUGACGUCCCCUAUUUCUUCAUAUGGUGGGAUGGGAUACCGUUUUGCCAGCGUGGAGCGGCUUGUUCAGCGACAACGGAUCUAUGACAGCAGCCUGGGAAGUCCUGUCCAGAAUGCUUUCCUGUCUGAUGCUAGCCCUCCAAGUGUAAACUUGUCGACAAAGCGCGAGCUCUUCUUCCGCUCAGAUGGAGGGACUUCUGCCACGAGCACAACAACGUCUGAUGUUAAAUCCACAGUCAAUACUCCAUAUUCUUCAUCAAGGCUGACGAAUUCUACGAAAGAAAUCAAUCUAAGUAGGGAGAAAGACAGAGAAAGGGAGAAGGACACGUUGAAGGAGAGAGAGCGGGAGAAGGUUUCUCCUAAAGACAUGGAAAGCUACGUGGGUUUUGUCAAUUUGCCUAAUCAAGUGUACAGAAAAGCAGUGAAGCGAGGGUUUGAUUUUACCCUAAUGGUUGUCGGGGAAUCGGGAUUGGGGAAGUCCACCCUCAUCAACUCCAUGUUCCUUACGGACAUCUAUUCGAAUGAGUACCCUGGACCAUCCCAAAGGAUGAAGAAGACAGUACAAGUGGAAACAAACAAAGUCUUCCUGCACGAAAAUGGGGUGAAUUUAACACUAACCAUUGUAGACACUCCAGGCUUUGGAGAUGCUGUAGAUAAUAGUGAAUGUUGGUAUCCUAUAAUAGACUAUAUAGAGUCUAAGUAUGAAGACUUUCUGAAUGCUGAGUCAAGAGUCCACCGUACUGCUAUCGUAGACUCACGAGUUCAUUGUUGCCUUUAUUUCAUCAGUCCAGGACAUGGUUUGAAACCAUUAGACAUAGAGUUCAUGAAGAGACUCCACGAGAAAGUUAAUAUCAUUCCUCUCAUCGCUAAAGCAGAUACAAUGACUCCAGAAGAAUGUAAUCAGUUCAAAAAACAGGUACUUAAUGAAAUAGCACAAAAUGAAAUCAGAAUUUAUGAGUUCCCAGACUGUGAAGAUGAAGAAGAGAAUAAACUUCAGAAACCUCUUAAGGAUCGAAUACCAUUUGCAGUUGUGGGAAGUAAUGUAAUAGUAGAAUCCAAUGGAAAAAGAGUUAGGGGUCGGCGAUAUCCUUGGGGUGUAGCUGAAGUGGAAAACAUGGAACACUGUGAUUUUCUUGCCCUUAGAAACAUGUUAAUAAGAACACACAUGCAAGAUUUAAAGGAUGUAACCAACAAUGUUCACUAUGAAAAUUAUAGAUGCUUGAAACUUGCGGGUGUUGGCAGUGAAGGUAAAUCUGGAAUUGUGACAAACAAGAACCCACUAGCUCAGAUGGAAGAAGAGAAAAAAGACCAUGAGACCAAGAUGAAGAGAAUGGAAAGAGAAAUGGAACAAGUAUUUGACAUGAAAGUCAAGGAGAAAAUAAACAAGCUGAAAGACUCGGAGGCAGAACUUCAUCGAAGAAGUGAACAGAUGCGCAAGGCUCUAGAACAGCAGAAACAGGAGCUCUACCAGAAGUGGAAAGAUUUUGAAAAGGAAAGAACAGCAUUUGAAGUAGCUAACAAGGAUAUAGAUGAAACCCUUCGGAAAUUGACUCUGGAUACUAAUUCUAAGGAGCACCUAGAUGGAAAAGAGAAAAAGAAAGAAAAGAAGAAGGGCUUGUUUUAGCUUCUUAGGUGACUACUAAUUUGUUUUACAAGCUGGCCUGGUUACCGCUGUUCAGGCCCUGUAGUAUGGUGUUUAAAGUCAGUCAACACCCAGUGAAGUAAACGUCAACCCUGAUGUCAUUCUCCUGCAUCAGUAUGUGUAGUUUACUUGAGUAAGACAGCUUCUUCCCAAGACCAUGUAGUGAAUUAUUUAUUGGCUGUUCCUGGUUGAAGCAAAGUUCAUGGUGUUCCGGACUGGAUUUGUCUGUGUUAUGUGACUUUUUAUUGUCCCAACAAUUUCUUCACCAGUCAAGAACAUUUUUGUUAAUAUCAAUUUACAUUAACAAACAGGGUUUGUUUAGAAAGAGAUGUUUAUCAAUGUACAUAAGAGUUCUUUGUCUUGGAGUUUCGUACGUAGCUCGUUAUGAUUUGCAUGGUCCCGUUAUUGUCUUGAAAUUGGCUACAGCUGUUACUGUGUAAUUCUUGUCAUAAAUUUCCAUCUUUUCAUACACUUUAAAGUUUUUCACAAGGAAGACCAUUAGUAUUCUCAUUAGUGAAAUGGAUGUAUUUUUGUCAGGUUCAACAUAUCACAUAUGUAUUUAGUUUCAUGCUGUCUCUGCUUUCAUUAUGUAUUGUACCUAACUUGUCAACUUUUGUUUGAGUAUGCAGUAGUAUCUUGUUGUGAUGUUCUUCAUAUCACAGUGUAGGUAACAAGAGGUUGAAAUAAAUAGCCCAGAUCUGUGUUCUAAUGA